AUGCUCAUCACAGUCCACACACUAAGUAUUGGCAGUUUUGAGAUCGAUGUCGAGCCGACUGAUACGGUCCGGCAGGUCAAGGGAAAGAUUCAAGCAGUAUACCAUAGAUUUCCGAUUGAAGAGCAAUUUCUUAUUUUCCGGAGACGAGGAAUGGCUGAUAUGCAGAUGGUCUCAGACUAUGGGAUCACAGAGGGAGAUGCGGUUCAUAUGAGGUUGGAGUUUGCACGACGGUCCAAUGCGAAUCGGGUUUUAAGAUAUGCAAGUGCUGCAUAA